UGUAACCAACCAACGAGCCAACGUUAGGCUAGUUAGAUGUAGCUAGCUGUAGACUAUUAACCGCGUACGCAGCUGUAGAAUGAACACUAUACACACGAGUAUUGAGCGACACUAAUGAAACCCGUCGGUGUCGCUUUAUUUUACAACCACCGCGCUCGUGUCGUCGACGUCUUCGGUCGUCUUGCUCUCAUCAUAAGCUGCCCUGUGUUGGCCGGCUAGUUAGCCUCCCCAGCCAGCUAGGUGCAGUAGCGUAUGGGUGUCAAAGUUAGCUGUGACUUCACCGGGUGUCCGCUUCCCUCAGCUCACAUUUCGGACACGUCAAGGUUCCUCAAAUCUGUCUUGAUUUUGGGGGCUGUGAUGUCGGAGCCCAAGACCCCCACUCCCCCUCCUGCUGGCGACACAUACAAAGGAUGGGUGUUCAAGUGGACAAAUUACAUCAAGGGUUAUCAGCGAAGAUGGUUUGUCCUGAGCAAUGGCCUGUUGUCAUACUACAGGACCCAGGCAGAGAUGGGCCACACAUGUCGAGGUACAAUCAACCUGGCCACAGCCACUAUCACUGUGGAUGACGCCUGCAACUUUGUCAUCUCCAACGGUGGAGCGCAGACCUAUCACCUGAAGGCCAGCUGUGAAGUGGAACGUCAGCGCUGGAUCACGGCCCUGGAACUGGCCAAAGCCAAGGCGGCACGCAUGCAGACCGAGUCAGACGACUCGGGGGACGACUUUCCCCCGGCAGCACCCGGACAAGGUGGCGUAUCGCAGAAUUCAGAAGUUCAGGCUGCUCUCAGAACACUAAGCAGCAAGGUGGAGGAUCUCAGCACCUGCAACGAUCUAAUUUCAAAGCAUGGCUCUGCCCUCCAGAGGUCUUUAUCAGAACUGGACAGUGUGCGGAUGACUGGAGAGGCUGGGGAUAAGAUCCGCCAGGUGACAGAGAGGGCCACGCUGUUCCGCAUCACCUCCAAUGCCAUGAUUAAUGCGUGCCGAGACUUUCUUACGCUCGCUCAGGCUCAUAGCAAGCGGUGGCAGAAGGCUCUUCAAGCAGAACGGGACCAACGGGUCCGACUGGAAGAGACUUUAGAGCAACUGGCGAAGCAGCAUAACCACCUGGAGAGAGCGUUCAGAGGGGCAGCACAGGCGAACGCUACAGCAGACAAUACAAGUUCUGCUCGUCCGGGAAAAGGUGAGGGCAGCGACGACGACGACAAUGAGUUCUUUGAUGCCAUGGAGGAAGCUCCUGAGUUCAUCACCGUGCCGGCAGACCCCCAGUUCCACAAACGAUCCAGCAGUAACAUCAGCGGUUUCAACAGUGAAACGUGUUCCGAUGAUCAAUCGCUUAAUGAGGAGCCGCUAGCGAUGAACCAGGAAUCUCCCGCGCAGGAGUUGGUCCCACUGAAGAAGAGGCGGACGUGCAUCCCAGACAAACCCAACUACUCCCUCAACCUGUGGAGUAUCAUGAAGAACUGUAUUGGCAAAGAGCUGUCAAAGAUCCCGAUGCCUGUGAACUUCAACGAGCCCAUUUCCAUGCUGCAGCGGCUGUCCGAGGACCUCGAGUACCACGAGCUGCUGGACAAGGCCUCCAAGUGCCAGAGCUCGCUGGAGCAGAUGUGCUACGUGGCCGCCUUCUCCGUGUCCUCCUACUCGACCACCGUCUACCGCACGGGCAAACCCUUCAACCCGCUGCUGGGAGAGACGUACGAGCUGGACCGCCGGAGAGAGAGCGGCUACCGCUCCCUCUGCGAGCAGGUGAGUCACCAUCCCCCUGCAGCGGCGCAUCAUGUGAUUUCCGAUCGCGGCUGGACCCUGAGGCAAGAAAUCACGGUUGCCAGCAAGUUCAGAGGAAAGUACCUCUCCAUCAUGCCCUUAGGCACGAUACACGCGAUCUUUGAAAAGGGCAACAAUCAUUACACGUGGAAGAAAGUCACCACCACAGUGCACAACAUCAUCGUAGGGAAACUGUGGAUCGACCAGUCAGGGGAGAUCGACCUGGUGAACCACACCACCGGAGACCGCUGCCACUUGAAGUUCGCUCCUUACAGCUACUUCUCCAGAGAUGUGGCCAGGAAGGUGACCGGUGUGGUGAUGGACAAGGACGGCAAGGCCCACUACGUGCUGUCGGGCACGUGGGAUGAGAAGAUGGAGUUCUCCCGGGUGAUGCAGAGCAGCAGACGGGAGAACGGCGCGGAGGGCAAGCAGAAGACGGUCUACCAAACCCUCAAAGCCCGAGAGGCUUGGAGGAGGAACCCUCUCCCCGAGGGAGCAGAGACCAUGUACUACUUCACUGACCUGGCGCUGACCCUCAACGAGCCGGAGGAGGGCAUGGCGCCCACCGACAGCCGGCGCCGGCCCGACCAGCGUCUGAUGGAGGACGGCCGCUGGGACGAGGCCAACUCGGAGAAGCAGCGGCUGGAGGAGAAGCAGCGCAGCGUCCGGCGGGAGAGAGAGCGGGAAGCCGCCGGCCAACGCACCUCCAGCCAGUCGGAAGAAGCUGUCGAUGACGACCCUCUCACUGAUCCAUUCUUGAAAAGCAAGUACUCCUUAAUUGCCGCGCUCUCAUGCGCUCCUUCCUGUUUGAGUCUCCGAUCUCGAUUGUUUGUCUUUGUCGUGAACACCAUUCUUUCCGUCUUUCAGGCGCGCCUCACGACAGCCACCAGGCUCUUUGGUUCGAGCGCUGCGAGGACCAGAUCACAGGGGAGCAAAUCCACAUCUACAAGGGCGGCUAUUGGGAAGCCAAGGACUGUGGCAGCUGGGAGGGCUGCCCGGACAUCUAUUGACCUCGGCAUUGACCGCUCGGUGCCCCGAAGAGACUGAUCCCUCGAAGCCACCUGGUGGACAGCGACCGCAAAGGCCGGCUUGUCCCCCCCCCCCCCCCCCCCCCCAGGGGUCACACUUGGUGAGUUGACAUCCCUCCAGUGGCUCUCUGUUCUAAGAGAUCUCCAGGACGAUCACCGCGGUGUGAUCCAGCGGGGGAGCUGGGUUUUUUCCUUUGUCCCAUUGUGGUUCCCUUCUCCUUGAGUCUUAGCACCUAGCCCCUUGUUGCCAUCACACAUCUGGGAGGACUGGAACAAAAGACAUUUUGUGCUGCUUUGACUCGGGUCCGGCUGAAGGGGAGGACAGGACAUGCGCAGCGCUUCCAAAUCAUGAGUGGAUCAUUCUUUUAGUCUCGGCUCCAGUGAGGACGGAGCAGAGCAGGUUUUGUGCUGAUAACAUCCUGUGAGAUAAUUUAGUUUCCCUUUUGUCAUGCACAGCAUUGUGCACUUUGGGAAUCACUCAAAAAAAAAAAAAAAGGGGGUAAGACCUGGUUAAUAUAUACAUUUAUGUAUAGAUGCGAUUCAAAUAAUUUCAUUAAAAUGUCGACUUGUGGCCUUCAACACGUUAGUGAGGAUUUCUCGUGUGUCUCUCUGAUUUAGUGUCUUAAUGUAAUGAAGUGAAGGUUCUAGUGUGCUUGUGUGUAUGACUGUAUAUCUGCUCUUGCAUCACUUUACACCACUGCCACUGUGCAGUACACAGUGUUUGAAAAUAAAUGAGUGUCUGGAGUACAGAUUGAAUCUCCAUACUAUGUAUAGUAGGUAGAUAACAUAUUUUAUAUAUAUUUUGUUCCAUCACAAAUGGCCUGAUGAAAAUUAUGAAGGCGAAAAGUUUUUAUUUGGCUCGCGGGGCCGUCUCUUCGCCUUAGAAAAAAAGCAACCUGCUCUCGUUUAUAAAUCACACCUCGGUGCACAUGUACAGUUGAAAUAUGGAAAAACACUGCUGAGAAAUUCUCCCAUUAGUGCGGUUUCAUUGAAUAACAAUUAUUGAAUUGAACCCUUUUUAAAAUAUUGGAAUAAUGUUCUUUCCAUUGUACAGAUUAUUUUUGUGUCCUGAGGAAAACAGACAAAGAAAACAAUUCAAAGUAAAUGCAGUGGUGAGAAAUACACCUUUGUGUAUCUGCUGGAGAGUUCGUACAUAUGCAAGUACAUGUGGACACCAAAAACAUGGGAUAUUGUGUGUGUGUUUGUGUGUGAGAAUUUCACAAUUUGUUUGUAAGUGUACUUAAAAAUUAAGAUUAUAGAAACAAAGAAUUUAAAAGCAUUGCCAAUAACUAUGAUUUUAUAAGUGUAUAGAAAUUAAUUUAGUGCUAAAAACUGUAAGGUAUAUUUUUUUUCUUUCAGUUUUAGUUCCAGUCGUGUGAUUGGAGAAGGAUUGUCUUCAUUUUCAGAAAACAAGGGAGUUUCUAUAUUUUACUGAGAGGGCAGAUAUGAAUGACAUUAAGUAUUUUGUAUUAACAUGAAAAAAGAUAAAAACAAAUGCUGUGAUGUCAAACAAAUUGCUUUUCAUAGUGUUCUUUCAUUGAAUUUACUUCAACAUUCCCAUUAAAGAUUAAUUGGGUAACACAAUUAACAGUUUUGCAAAAUCAAUUAUUCUGUGAGUUUCUGUUCACGUUUAGCAGGAGCUCAAUAAAAUAAUAAAGCCCAAUGAAAACAUGUUUGUGUUCCAGAUGAAUUUGUUAUGUAUAUGUGCAACUGUUCAUUUAAAAUCAAUAUAAAUACAGAUUGUUCACAGGUAACCAAAUUAAAACUUGUAUUAAAAAUCCCA